CUCCAGGCCCCCAAACGAACCCAGGAGUCCUGGCCCCCUCUCUUUCCCCCAGACAAUCAAAAUAACCCAGGAGUCCUGCCCUAUCUCCUUUCACCAGCCCUUUAAAGGAACCCAGGAGUCCUGGCUCCCAGCGUCCUUUGCUCUUCAAGAACACCCCCGCCCCCUCCCCACCAAAGACUCAUUUUGACCAGCCCGCAGACAACUGAUUGGUUCACUAGACUGAAGGAAGGCGGGACCUACAAAGCUCAGCUGUUUGCUGAUCCUUCCCGCGGGAGGCUUUCCCCGCUUUCUCUCAUUGGAUGGAUGCAGCUGUCAGUCAACGAGCUACCCGGAAAUAUCUUUCUGUCUGCUGGAAUGAGUGAGUAUGCGUGGAGCAAAAGGGCGGGGGGAGUUUGCAAUGGGGAGGGGGCGGCUCAGGACUCCUGGGUUCCUUUUCCUGCCCUUGGGAGCCCUUCUAGAGGGCUUAGGCGUCCUGGCGAGGCUGGGCUCAGUUGGAAUGGGGGAGGCUUCCAUUGCACCCCUUAUUCCCAUUUGCAAGAAUGUCAUCAAAUAAACGAAGAUCAUGGCCACUGGGCCCAUCACCUCCUGGCAAAUAGAAGGGGAAGAAAUGGAGGCAGUGAGAGAUUUGACUUUCUUGGGCUCCAUGAUCACUGCAGAUGGUGACAGCAGCCACGAAAUUAAAAGACGCCUGCUCCUUGGGAGAAAGGCGAUGGCAAACCUAGACAGCAUCUUAAAAAGCAGAGACAUCACCUUGCCAACAAAGGUCCGUAUACUAAAAGCAAUGGUUUUCCCAGUAGUGAUGUAUGGAAGUGAGAGCUGGACCACAAAGAAGGCUGAUCGCCAAAGAAUGGAUGCUUUUGAAUUCUGGUGCUGGAGAAGACUCUUGAGAGUCCCAUGGACUGCAAGAAGAUUAAACCUCUCCAUUUUGAAGGAAAUCAGCCCUGAGUGCUCACUGGAAGGACAGAUCCUGAAGCCGAGGCUCCAAUACUUUGGCCACCUCAUGAGCAGAGAAGACUCCCUGGAAAAGACCCUGAUGUUGGGAAAGAUGGAGGGCACAAGGAGAAGGGGAUGACAGAGGACGAGAUGGUUGGACAGUGUUCUCGAAGCUACCAAUAUGAGGGAGGCAGUGGAAGACAGGCAUGCCUGGCGUGCUCUGGUCCAGGGGGUCACGAAGAGUCGGACACCACUAAACGACUAAACAACAACAACAACCAGCUGCAUGGCAGGUGAAAGUUCAGCAGGUUAAGCUGUUAUUCCAGGUAGUAUCUACGCAACAGCCACAACAGCCACGUGGUGCUUCGUCGUUUUUUUCCAAAGAAUUCCCUUGCCGCCUUUCUAACAUCAGUUUUCAAGGCCAUGUGCAAAUGAAAAAAUAAUAUGAAAAAAAUGCAACAAAGGCAUUAAAACUGUUGUAAAAAGCAUCUCUAAUUUGGGGGCGGUUGGGGAGGAGGGAGAUAUACAAAAGUCCUUUAAAGCACUGUUUAAAAGUCUCAGGAUAAAGUGGCAAUUAUAAGUCAAGGUGAAGCAAAGCCACAGAGAGGUCGCUGCCCCAAGGAGCUUCCAAACCAAGGGUAGGCAAUUCAGAGAAGCAGGGGAUAAAGGGGAAGGGGGGAUAUAAGAGGCUGGGGGAGGUAAGAGUAGCAAGGGCCGGAUGUGAGCAAAUGUCUCCAUUAGGAAAAGGCCUUUCUUGAAAGUAGCUCAUUUCCUAUGGCUGACACGCUGCUGCUUUUGUCUUUCCCAGGUGAGCGACUGGGAGUUCACCCUUCUUGGUGAGGCUCAGGGAUUUGUGAUGGAGUGAGAAGAAACAAAGAAAGCUCAGCUCUCCGUUCUGAGAUGUCGGCGACUUCUGAUGGGAUCAUGGCUCUGGAGCCGUGUCGUGUGACACAGGUACCGUCUUGUGGGAGGGAUGCUUUUUCCUAGCGGGUUAUUGGAACGUCUUCACUAUCGAUUAGGAAGCUUUGUACAGUGGUACCUUGGUUCUCAAACUUAAUCCGUUCCGCAAGUCCUUUCCAAAACCAAAGCGUUCCAAAACCGAGGCGCGCUUUCCCAUAGAAAGUACUGCAGAAUGGACUAAUCUGUUCCAGACUUUUAAAAACAACCCCUAAAACAGCAAUUUAACAUUAAUUUUAGUAUCUAACGAGACCAUGGAUCCAUAAAAUGAAGGCAAUAAACAAUGUACUGCAGUCACACAAUCAAUCAAUCAAUCAAUCAAUCAGUAGCUGAACCGGGUUCCACACAGUCACAAAAAAAAGAGCUGCAAAAACAAAAACGCAAAAUAAAUAGCAAAAACAGACAGACCUCAGCAUAACACUCAAAACAGAAGUGUGACACUCAAAUUGGAAGUGUAACACUCAAAACGGAGCAUGUUUGGCUUCCGAAAAAAAGUUCACAAACCGGAACGCUUUCUUCCAGGUUUGCAUUGUUUGGGUUCCAAGUUGUUUGAGUACCAAGGCGUUUGAGAACCAAGGUUCCACUGUAUUAUGUUCAGUGAUAGGAAUACACUUGUUCACAGACACACAGAUACACACACAGAAGUGAAUUAAGCAGUCAUGGAUUUGUCUAGAGUUGGUGAAGGUUUUCCCAGGAAGCAGAUGAGCACAAUCUACUUUUAAUGCUAUAUAUCAAGCCAUAGUUAAGUUACAGGUGAUGCCACACCUUUCCGCUCACACCUGGUGAGCGACGUCUCAUUCUCUAGGACAGGAAGAUGAAAGAAACUUGAACACAAUUUGGUCAUUCUGGGGCUGCUUGUUAUCUGGUUAAAGAUAAUAGUAAUGAUAAAGAUUAAAGAUGGUUAAAGACUGCUGCGGGUUGGACUAGAUGACCCUCAGGGGUCCCUUCCAACUCUACAAUGAAGAUCAUGCACCUGUUUUGCAUCUCAUUUUUUCAAUUUUGUAUUUUUUAAGUAAAAUGUUGUUUGCUAAUUUUUUUAAAAAAAACUAAGUCAGGUUUUAAUUUGUUUAGUUUGAUGAAUGAAAAUGAUACACUUUAUGAUUUCUAUGAUUCUAUGAUUUGAGUAUGAGUACAUAUUCAAUAAAAGUUUGGCAUUUUAAAAACAAACCUGUGUGCACACUAAUGAAAUGUGCUGCACAUGUCUAUGACCAGUAUAGACUAGGGUGGCGGCUAGAGAGAAGAAACAGAAUAAUUAUCCCAAAGAGGGGGAAACAGACAAAAACCACCCCAGAAUUUGAUCCCCUUCCUCUUCUUUUUCUUCUUUAUUAAAUUUCUAUACCGCCCUUCAUCCACAAGGUGGUUUGCAAUAUUAAAAAUGCGAAAAUACAUACUGUAGUAACAAACCACACAAUACUCCCCCCACCCAGUUUAAAAGUCCAUCGGUUCUUUAAUUAGCCAACAUUAUCAACAGUUGUUUGAUUAGCCAAAGGCCUGGCUAAUGAGCAACAUUCUCAAAACCACCAAAUAUUAAAUGCCAGAUAUUUUGUACAGAGGGGAAAUCUUCAUUUUAUAGAUAUUAUUCGUUUUUCAUACAGAGAGCCAUGAUUUUGACUGAGGAGCAUGCAAAGUUCCCUAAUUCACAUUGCAGCGGUUGGGAUAUUUUUUUGGGGGGGGGGGGUUCCUUAGAUCUGCAUUUUUGUACUUUUCACAUUUUCUCUUUUGUAUGCAGUCUCCACCAGCCGCUUACUAUGUUCCAGAUUUCAUCACAGAGGCAGAGGAGGCGUACCUUUUGCAACAGGUGCGUGCGCAUUUAUGUUCCCCUUUGUGCGGUGUUUUAAGAACUGUCUCGUUGAAUUUGAACCGGGGGGACGGGACCUUUUGGCCUCCAUGGCUCACAUCCAUAUCAGGAUCUGCCCCAUGGGCCAAAUUUGACGAAAUCCCUUUCAGUGUGAUCUUAAAGGGAGAUGCACAAAGGCCGAUGAGCAGAGAUCAAAUCCUGCUGUUUAGGCUGUGCAAUCCUGGGAACAGGUUUGUGCCGCCAGUACAUCAGCUGGUGUCAAUGGUGAUGCCAACUGAUGUGCCCAGGCUUUCGAGAAAAUCAGCCUGCUGAGCCAUAACUGGCCUUCAAACCAGGGGUUCCUCACCCCAGAAUGUCUUCAGCAGUAAGCAGCCAGAUGCCUCUGGGUGGCCCAAAAGCUGGGCAAACUGCCAAGGUCCAUCUUGUAUUGUGACCCCUGUAGGAUUCCUGGAUCCUGGCUGUUGACAGACAUGUCCUUCUGAGCUAAUCUUUUUAAAAAUCUGCUUCUCUUGUCAUUGUUGAUGUUAAAUUUGUAUUUCACAUUUUCCUCCCCGAGGCAGCAGACAUCAAAGUGGUAUAGCAGUUAAAGCAGCCACAUAGUAUACUCUUAACAGCUAUCAAUAUCAAAUUUGCCAGGAACAGCUAUCAGGUUGCGCAUGGUGUUUCCAAUGAUAUACACAGAGCUCAGUUCUCUUCCUCCUUUCUCUCUUUCCCUCUUUCUCUCUCUCUCUCUAUAAUGACUGUUUAGGGAAGUUUUUAAUGUUUGAUGUUUUAUCCUGGCCAGAUGGGUGGGGUAUAAGUAAUAAAUUGGCCAGAUGGGUGGGGUAUAAGUAAUAAAUUAUUAUUAUUAUUAUUAUUAUUAUUAUUAUUAUUAUUAUUAUGACUGAUUUCCAGUCUUAGAUCACCAGCGAUAAUUUCUGUGCAACAUUAGGAUAGGCAGAAUUCACUUUCCACGCCUCCCUGUCGUUCUUGGCAAUAUUGUGAUGGAGAACAUAAAUGUUCCAACUUACAGACUUAACAUAUAGAACAAGAGAACAAAAAGAAAAUGCGUUUAGAGAAGAUUGGAAAACGUUCAUUGAAUAUCUGUGAAAUAAUGGUGUACAGCUGAAAACGCUGGCAGCAUUAAAUUCAACAGCGUAAAUAAUUUUGAUGGCUGCAGUAAUGGAAUACUGAAUGGUAUGGCUUUUGUAAAAUACACAGGGAUUUGUGAUAUGUAAAAUGAGCCAUGGAAAGAGAAGAAAGGGAGUCAUUAGUAUCUUAAGGAUGGAAAAUGAGUAUUUUAAAUUUAAUAAAAAUUAUAUACAAAAAAAGAAGAGAGCAUAAAUGUUCCUAUCUGGGGGAAUCUAUCCAAUGCGUUGGAAGAAGGCUGAGCUGCCCCUAGGUACUUCUGUUUUGUUUUUGUUUUUAAUAUUAAUAAAUAUUAAUUUCCAUUUUUCCAUUCCAAUUAAUUUCCAUAAGUUUCCAUUUUAUCACAUUUAAACAAAUCCUUAUUGUACUCAUUACGUAUUUGCUCAAUCAAGCUUCGACUUCCCUCUCGUCGCAUGGUUUCCAUAAUUCAUUAUCACCUCUUAGCAUUUUAUACAUUUUCCUAUUUACGUUUCACUCCUUCCGUUAAUCACAAUUUUAAAAAUAAAUAUUAAAAGGUACAGAUCCUUAGCAUUGCAUGUUGACAACCCUGCUAGUGUUGUUAAUUGUUUGCGAUUGUCCUUCAGCUAUUGUACAAAUUUACUCUAGUCCUUUUGGAAAGCUGGAUCGCGCUGAUUUCCCAUUUUCCCAGUCAGCCUUGCCAAUUCCACAAAGUCCAUCACCUUCGCCUGCCACUCUUCCAGCAAUGAGAUUUCCCGUUGCUUCCAUUUUGGGGCUAAAAGAGUUCUUGCUGCUGUUGUCGCAUGCAUAAACCCUUUUAUAUCUCUCUUUGGGAUCUCAUUCCCUACUAUACCUGACAGAAAUGCCUCUGGCUUUUUCACAAAUGUCUUUUUAAACAUUUUCUGGGUUCUUCUUCUGAUGCCUGCGGUUUCCAUGUGAAUAUCUUGCUUUCUUUUCCCCCACCUCCAGGUUUAUGAUGCCCCCAAGCCCAAGUGGACUCAGCUGUCGGGGAGGAGGCUGCAGAACUGGGGUAAAUGUUGCGUGCGGACGCCGGAGGGGAACCUCACUGCCCCCUUUAAUUGUGUGGAUCCCCAUUCACUCCUAUAGCGCACAAAGGAGGCUCAGAAGGCCAGUGUACAAUGGGGUCAGUUUUCUUCAAUGGCAUGAAGGAGGCUCAGGCCGGGGCGAACGAAGGCAUCAUGACACCCGGGGUGGGACGUCACUACGUAGGGCGCACACGCGACGCCAUACCUGCACUGUACAUAGCGGUUUGCCGGCAGCGCCGCUCCAGCGCUGUACGGGCGGUGCUGGGAUCCCUACAUCGCCGCUACAGCCGCAAAUAGAGGAUCCUCUACAUGUGGCUGUAGCGGUGGCAGAGGGAUCCUACCCCCAUCCGUACUGCGCUUGAGCGGCGCUGGCGGCAAACCGCUAUGUACAGCGCACGUGCGGCGGCGUUAUGUACAGCGCAUGCAUGCGGCGCCACACAUGCGCUGUACAUAGCAGUUGGCUGCCUCCGCUUGAGCACCGUAUGGAUGGUGCUGGGAUCCCACCAUCGCCACUACAGCUGCGAACAGAGGAUCCUCUACAUGCGGCUGUAGCGGCAACGGAGCGAUCCCACCCCUGUCCGUACUGUGCUUGAGCGGCACCGGCAGCAAACCGCUAUGUACAGCGCAUGUGCAGCAUUGCUACAUACAGCGCAUGUGUGCAACACCGCACAUGCACUGUAUAUAGCGGUUUGCUGCUGGAGCCGGGAUCCUCUGCUCGCGGCUGCAGCUGCAAACAGAGGAUCCUCCACAUGCGGCUGUGGAGGCGCGAUGGCUGCUUGCGCUGCCGCGAGCCCCCACGGGGUGCCCUAUUGUCACCCCCCCCCAGACAUGGCACCUGGGGCGCACUGCCCCCCCCAUUGCAACGCCACUGGGCUCAGGCAGCCAUUUUGCCACGCAUCUGCCCCUAAUCUGUGAAAAAAUCCCCGCUCUGCAGGGUGAUAUACAGUCAUACCUCAUGUUACGUUUGCUUCAUGUUACGUUCUUUCAGGUUAUGUCCCGUGGUGACCCGGAAGUGCCGGAAAGGGUUACUUCUGGGCUUCGCUGCUCGCGCAUGGGCAUAAGCGCUAAAUCGCACCACGCACCUUCACAGAUACGGCGCUUCAGGUUGCGUUCUUUUCAUGUUGCGAACGGGCCUCCGGAAAAGAUCCCGUUCGCAGCCAGAGGUACCACUGUACAGCGAUAUUUUGGUUUUCGAGCGUCUCGGAAGCCAAGUGUUUUGGUUUCUGAACGCCAAAAUCCCGGAAGUAAUUGCUUCCGUUUUUGAACGCGCCUCGGAAGCUGAACGGCUUCCGCUGCAUUUCCCCCCCAGUUUUCUCCAUUGACUUUGCAGCCAGCCCUUUGCAAAAGACUGGAAAGGAGAGGAUAUCCCAUCUAAAUCAGAUUGGCAAAACAAAUUAAGGGAAUGCGCUGAACUGGCGAGAUGAUAUCGGGACUUCCGGGUCAGCACCAUCGGUGAAUGGCGGAGUUCCUCCGUCCGGAGGAACGGGCUCCGUGGAAACUGGGUCUUCCCGCCGCAGCGAAGGUGGGGACCCGCUAGAAAUCCCAGGCGGAGGAAGCCUGGGAACGUGGGGUUCGGCAGGGCACCAGGAGCGCCCCCCUACUCGCAGGGAAUCCCAUUUAGGGGCUCCGGAGCGAAGUGGGGUGAGAAGCGUGGUGCUGCGAACUGACUGCUACUUUCACGGAGUGAAGCCGCACAGCCAUUGCCAGAGAGCGCUGACUUUUUCCUGUGGACAGUUGGAUUUAAAACAAGUACCUGUGAGUAGAAACAGAAAAUUGGAUCAAGAAAUUUCUUAAUUUGGUAAUGAAGCGGGAAGGUUGAAAACAGGAAGUCUGCCUUCCGCUUUUUGUAUAUAGACUAAAGCAAAAACUUUGUAAGCUAAAGCCUGGAAAGCUGUCAAAAAAGUCUAAAUUUUCUUCAUUUAGAAUUACUGAAUCCCCCUUGGAAGCAGGAGAAAAGGGGGGGAACUUUGUUCAACCCUAGCAGGAGAGGAAGUGAAGAAGGAUAAGUUUCCACCGUCUCUAACUUGGGAACGGGGUGUCAGAGACAGAAAUAGUUGGAGAGGUUCAUUGACUGUGAAUGGGAUAUUUUGACAGAUAGCUAAAGAAGAGAAACAAGCUGAUUCCAAUGUUGCCUUUUGCAUCCUAAAGAAACAAAAUAUCUGAAAAAUAUCUGAAAAACGAAAGUAAUUUUCCUUUGUUAGACUUGCCUAAAAAAAUGGAUACAAAUAGAAAUUGCCUCCUCUAGAGGGAGCUUGUCAAAUUGUUGCUGCAGUACACUUGAGGGCUCAACAGAUGUGAGAUUAAGACCGUGGGAACAGGCUUUUCUGACCUUGACUAAAGAUGAGUGGGAAAGAAGACUGGGUGCUUGCCUUAUGUAAGACAAGUGCCCUGCUGGAACAGAUGCAUGAGGAGAUGGACUUGAUGAAUGAGAAAAUGGAUUUGACUGUUGCAGUUAAUGACUGUGGGCAAGCAGGGAAUAUUGAUACAGAAAUUAUCCAGGGACCAACUCAUGAAUCUGUACUGACUGGGCAAGUGCAGAAGAUAAUGGAGGAGGAUGCGGUUGCACCCCAAAUAAUACAAAUGGAGAGUCCCGAGGCCCUUCAGGAGUAUGAGCCGCUGUCAUUGAAGAUUGAAGUUGGAGUGGGCCAGGGGGAGUCUGGAGUUGAGGAGGUUCCCAACGUUGGAGAGACCUUGGAAUAUGCUUUUAAAUACUUUUGGACUAUAUUGAGGAUUGUGGGGAGUGGGACUGUGGGGAAUGGGCGGGUUUGAUGAAGGGAGAUGGAGACAAUUCUGGCUUGGAACCCCCCAGAGGCCUACCCCUAAAUGAGAAAGGAAAGAAACUAAGAAAGAGACCAACAAAAGACAAGGAAAAGGGCAAAUAUAAACAAAGAAGAAGAAGAAUUGCAGAAGGGACAUGGAAGAGACUUAAGGGCCUCGGACAUAAGACUUCCAGGUUGAUGGACUAGAUGGAAUGGACAAUAAGGACUGACAUGACCCGUGACCAGGAAGAAGAGACGCUGGAUGAUGAUUGAAAGAGAAUUUAUAAUGGAAAUUUUCUAAUUGGGGAAUUGGCUAAAAAUUAAUGAAUAUUAGGGAAAAUGUUGGAAUGAAACUAUAUGACUUUAGCAGAAAUGAUAUCAGGAGUAAUGUAUAUUUGAUAACUAAGAUUCAAGCUUUAAGGUGUUUUAGGGUAAGAUAAGAUUAAAUUAAUUAAGGUAAUGUGAAUAAUAGAAUAUGGGGAAAGAUGGAAAGGAUUUGUUGAAUUAAUUAUUAGAUUAAAUUAGGUUAGGAUGAAUUUUUUAACAAAAAUUGAGAAAGAUGGAAAGAAUUUGCUGAAAUAACUAAUUAAACUAGAAUACAAAAAGGGAGGUGUGAGGAAGUCAAUGAAACAAGCAAAUGGAAAUUUUAGAUAUGCAAGUUGGGAUUUGUGUUGUUUUCUUUUUUCUUUUUAUUUUUUUUGUUGUAUUGGUUUUUGUGGUUUUUUUUCUCUUUUUGUCUAUUAUAGUGUUGUUUUUUAAUGUUUUUUUAAAUGUUUUUCUUCUUAUAAUCCUGAAAACUACUAAUAAAUAUUAUUUUUAAAAAAAGAGAUGAUAUCACCAAGGUUGAGAGACGUUGCAGAUGAAAAAAUUAUCAGAGAAUGGGACAUAUAUACAGAGUUUAUGUAAAAAGAACACUGUCAAAUUACCAAUCCGUUUGGCAGGUUUUGAUUGAACUUCUGUGUGUAAAAUAGGAAAAUUUGAUGAAACUCAAAGUAAGUCAGACAACAUGGAGAAGUCUUAGGCAAGUGCGUCUUUAAAGAAUUUAAUCGGGGAACACAAGGGGAGGAUUGGAGGUCAAGUUAAAUUGAAUUACAAAACGAUGUACAAAGCAAGGAUCAAUUAGGGAAUGAAAGAUUGUAUACUUUUGUUUUUAUCAUCAAUUGAUCUUCUUUGUUAUGUAAUGUAAUUUUCAACCAAUAAAGCAGUAAAAAGAAAAAGAAAAAUCUUUGCAGCCAGCCCUUUGCGCCUCAGUUAUUGGAACAUUUUUGGAAGUCAAACAGUCUUCUGGAACGGAUUACGUUUGACAACUGAGGUCCCACUGUAUAGGCCUCUCCUCACACCAAAAGCUAGUUUAGCGGUUAAGAGCGUUAGAUGUGGACUUGGAGAGGUGCAUCCCUUGUUUGCUGUGAAGCUUAUGAAACACCAUUUUGAAACACCCACCUCAUCCUGACUUUCUUGACAGAAGAGCGGGAUAUAAAUAUUAUUUUUUUGAGAAAGCUGGACUUGUUUGUUCGUUCACCCAGCUGGGAGUCAGGGUGGAUAAAAAUCAAUAAUUUUAAAAAUAAAAAAACAUAUUUUUUUUUUACUUAAAUCAGAUUUUUUUAUUUAAAUCAGAUUUUUAAAAUAAAAUGCUUCUGGAGGAAAAACCUUUCUAAAGAUAGUUUUCUGUUUAAGUUACAUUAUAGUCCAAAGGCUAUUCAUCAGGAAAUAAAGAUUUCUUUAAAGUUUUUCAUAUGUGUUAAAAAGCAGUCUAAGGUUUGUUUGUUUUUUUAAAAAAUCGUUUAACCAUAUCAGUUAACAAACAUGGAUACAUAUGUUAAAUAAAUUGUUUAAAUUGUUAUUAAGGAAAUGAUUAUUUUUCUCCUUCCAAUAAUAUACUGCAGAAAAGUUGUCCAAAUAUAAACAACAAUUUCAUAAUUAUCUGUCUAUGUAUUUCUGACAGUAUAACCAAAUCAGUGAUUUUUGAUAUAACUGUAAAAACUGCUCUGAAAAUUUAUGAUUCCAAAAAUGAAAGCUUCAUCGGGUUGUAAAUAUUAAGAGGAUGCUGGCGAGGCUGAACCUUUCUGUAAAAAAGAAAAGAUUUAAAUCAAGUCUUACUGACUAGUGAUUUAAAUCGAUUUGAUUUAAAUCAAAUCCACCCUUUUGGGAGUGCCUAAAUCUAGACCAGAACACCAAAAAUAUGUCCAAAGUCUGUUUUGGGGGCCUAAUCCAGCCCCAAUGGCAGUUUAUUUCCUGGGGUAAAAUCCUAAAAAAAUAAUCAACAACUUCAAUCCCCAAAAAAGCUCAGUAACUUUAAUCCUUAAAAAAGGUCAACAACUUUGGUGGCCCUCACAGCCCUUCACUUCAUCAAAUCUGGCCCUCUUUGAAAAAGGUUUGGACACCACUGAAUUAAACCAAUGGCAGCUAAAACGCUUAAAAAACACACACACACAGUCACAAACUAGAGUGAAGCUGAGGUAACAGCAUAUUUUGGAUCUGUGAAACCUUAAAAGCCUGCCAAAACAAAUUUGCUUUCCUGGCCCAACUCGUCUCUUGACAGUGGAAAUCUCCACAGUGAAUGACUCAGCCUGCAAGUCUUUGCUGGACUGUAGGCCUCUGUUUUGUGAGGUAAACAGUUUCUGAGGGAAACUGUCAAGAAAUUCACAUAGCUGUCAACUUUUCCCUUUUUUUUAAGGGAAAUUCCCUUAUUCCGAAUAGGAUUCCUCGCAAGAAAAGGGAAAAGUUGACAAGAAACAUCUGGAAAAUCACCAUGUUUUGAGUUAGGAGACAUGUUUGUUGGAACGUGGCUGCCAUCAGCCUUGACAUCACCACCCUCUACCCCUGUUACAGACAGUAUUUUAUUUUCUUUUAUUUUUAAACCAUUUUAUUGAGUUUUACAAUUUUAUAUACCACACAAUCAUCAAUAUCACACAAAAAACCACAUAUAUGAGUCUCAAUCCCCUCCCCUGACUUCCCUCAACUUCCCCUUCUGGUUCUUUCAAUAUUUGUUUUUCCUGCCUGUUUUAUUCUACCUUAAUUUUGUAACCUUUUACAUAAAUAUUAUAUUAUUAUCAUUUUCGGACCAGGUUUCCCAAAUCACACCUUACAUUUUAUUAUUUUCCCAGUUAUAACGUCUUAACUUUAUAUUUAUUUUCUUAAUCGUAAGCGUUGACUCAAAUCCUGCUGGUGAGUCCAUUUCUUUACAAUAUUUCUGUAGAUACAACAGAAACAAUUCCCAAUUCUUUUUUUAAAGUUUUUUUCCCCAAUCCUUUUUAAAGUCUCUUUGUCCUUGUCUUUUAGUUUCCCGGUCAGUUUCGCCAUUUCAGCAUAUUCCACCAGCUUUUUUUACCAUUCUUCUUUCAUUGGUAUCUUGUCGUCUUUCCAUUUUGGGGAUAGUAAUAUCCUAGCCGCUGUUGUAGCAUAUAUAAAUAAUUUCUUCCGCUCUUUUGCCAUUUCAUGGCCUAUAAUACCUAACAAAAAGGCUUCUGGACUUUUCAAAAAGGUCUUAAACAUUAUUUUCAUUUCAUUAUAAAUCAUUUCCCAAUAGCUUUUGAUUCUUUUACAAUCCCACCACAGAUGGUAAAACGGGCCUUCUUUCUCUUUACACUUCCAACCCUUAUCGGAGUUUGUUCUGUACGUUUUUUGCCAUUUUUGCCGGGGUGAUAUACCAUUGUAUAAUUCGUGUAAUUCUCUUUUCAAAGUUCUACAAUCAGCGAAUUUUAAAUUCACUUUCCACAGCUUCCCCCAAUCCUCCAUUUGUAUAUUAUAAUAAUAUUUAUUUAUUUAUUUAUUUAUUUAUACCCCACCCAUCUGGCUGGGCUUCCCCAGCCACUCUGGGCGGCUUCCAAAAAAAUAUUAAAAUACUGUAAUACAUCAAACAUUAAAAGCUUCCCCAAACAGGGCUGCUUUCAGAUGCCCUAAAUCUUGUGCCCUAUAGGCUUCUAGCUGUACAGGCUUUAAAGUUAUAAAUAUAUCAAGAUUAAGGAUUAGGAUUAAAAAGGUUAAAAGAAUGGAAAAAUUGGUUUUUAAUAGGUAAAAAAUUGUUAUAUUAUAUUAAGAUUAAGGAUUGGGAUUAAAAAGGAGGGAAAGGAAUUGCUGGACUAACAAACUGAAUUGGAAUACAAAAGAGGGAGGUAUGAGGAGGUCCGGGAAACAAGUAAAUGUAAAAGUAGUGAUGAAAAGAGGGAAUUGUUUUUAACUGUUUUUUUCUUUUUUCUUUUUGUAUUUUGCAUUGUGUAUUUUUCUUUUUAUUCUUGAAUUUUUCUUUUUUUGCUGAUGUGAUUCUUUCUUUGUGAAACUUUAAUAAAUAUCAUUUAAAAAAAAAUUAAAUAAAUCUUGUGCCCUAUAGAAAGUAGUUUAAUAAUAAAUCUUUAUUGCGGCCCAAAGACCCGUAACAUAGAUUCAGAAUAAAAUACAGAUACACGCAGACAGCCCCCCGGGAGAGGAGGACCGAGGCAAUAUUUAUUUAGUCUUGAGUAUGAUGAUCUUUGAUACUGUCAGGGGUUCAGGAGCAGAGGCACAGGAAAGGGAGGAAAUAGAGAGCGAGGGGGAGGAGUCCGAAGGAAAUGUUAGCGAUGACAGCGGUCCGAGGUCUCUGAGUCUUUCCAGCGAAUCGGAAGAUUCACAGAAAGGGGCUCCCUUGGUCAGAGCAAGGGGGUGCCGAGGGGACACCCCAGGAAGAAGGGGCCAGAGGGGACUCAGAGAGCAGCAGUUGGAAAUCAGGACCAGCGUCCACACCAGAGUGCAGUAGGGGGGAGGGGUCCCAGGCAUCGGGAUCAGGCGGCGCACUGCCAGUGGGAGGACAUGAGUCAGGAUUGGCCACGCCUCCAUCGGGGAGCGAGGAAACGGUCGAGAGGAAGGUUGAAGGCUGGGCGCGCGCGCCAAGUUCAAAUGUACAGGAGGGCGGCGCAGUUGGCAGCCCGGAUAGGGAGCCAGGUCCCAAAGCCCGCCGAAAAGAGGGGGAGGAGUCAGGGGGUCAGCGCCAGAAGAAUCCAGGAAGGAAGGGACCCCGGGGGGUAGCAGGACCCAGAGGAGAAAGGAGAGACGUAAGAGGUGGAGUAAGGCUAGAAUCUUAAACUGGUGUACAGGGGCGGAGACUCAGAUGGAGCUUCGCCGAUCUAACCCCUAGACGUAGAGCUGGGGCGCUGUGGCUUGAAAAUGGAAACUGUACUUCAAUAAAGACUUUUGUACAUUACUGCCGGCUAGCGUUGGUCCUCUGUGAGCUGGGACCUGGAGCCAGCUCUGACAGUAAGCUCCAUCUCAAAAGUUUUGCACCAAAAACCUCGUAACGUGAGUGGACGCAGCGAGGGAAGAAGAUUGGUGCUUCGCGAGCUCACAAAAGUCAGGCAAGAUGACUACAGAACAGCAACUAGCAGCCCUGCAAAAUGCAGUGACACAACUCAACGCGGAGGUACUCGCAUCCAGGAAAAGGGAAGAGGAAGCGGCUGCCGCCUGCAGGGAUCUCCAAGCCAGGUUGGAAGUGCUUGCUAAGCAGGGCAACCGGGACCCAAAUCAGAGGGGAUUGGGCUGGGGAAAAGAGGAGGCAGCCUGGUAUCUCAUUUCGAUGGGAAUUUGCAGCAGUACCCUAACUUCCGAGCAGACGUGCUGUUUGCGCUGGAACUGCUGGAUAAAGACUUUAGAGAUGAGCAAGAGAAGGUGGGGUUUAUCUUGUCCCAUUUGCAUGGGGAAGCUAAAGCGUGGCUGCGCAAUCUGUGGAGAGAUAAGGAUCCGGCGCUCCAAAAUGCGGAUGCAUUCAUUAAAGCGAUGGAUUCGUGUUUUUAUCAAAUAUAGACAUUGAUAUCGCCAGAAAAGACAUACAUGGGCUCAAACAAGGCAGAGCCAGUGUAAGGCAGUACCAUUCCCGCUUUUUGCAUUAGUCCAUGCGCUGGGAUGGGAGAAGGAUUCUGCCCCAGCCAGAGACCUUUUUGGGAAGGCUUGAAUGCAAAUGUGAAAGAUGAGAUUGCAAGGGGGGAGAGACCAAAGAGCACUCAGGAGGUUGUCCGGCGGGCGCUGCAAAUUGGGGUGCGUCUGGAAGAACGUCCAUGGAACAGAGAAGAAGGACGUUGGGGACGUACGCCAGUGAGAGCACCUCCCUCUUUCCCAAGGAUGCAGCGCGUGUGCAAUCCCCACCUCCGCAAGGAGGGGAGAGCGACCGAUGGAGAUUGGAGGCGCCAGGGCUCAGUCAGCAACCAGAGCCCUAACACCGGGAGCAGUCAAAGCGAAGCCUCCUAGAGGGAACAGGAAGUGCUACAUCUGCGACAGUGCUCAGCACAUGGCGAAAGAGUGUCCCCAGAGGCUCCACAAGCACACUGCAGCCUCAGCAACAGUAACAGACGCAACUCAGCAGAGAGAACCACAGCAGGGAAACGACAGAGUCUGGUUGGAGGAAGAGGCACUGGGGCCCAGCCAGACAAGUCAAUGAAGCCGUCCCCAGAGAUUUUGCAGCCCACAGACCCCUCCCGCCCAAACCAGUGGUGCAGCUCACAGCAUCGCUCCAACUACCCAAUGGACUCACUAUGGAAGUGCCGAUUACCAUUGACUCUGGUAGUAACGCAGACUUCAUAGGACUGGAUUUCAUUCAAGAGCACAACAUAGCACUCCUGCCAGCCACGCUGCCUCUGAAAGUUGUCACGGUGGAUGGCAGGGAAUUGCUGGGGGCAGGUGGUGCAGCAAACGCCUCCGAUGGUGAUGCAAAUUGGGAAUCACCGAGAAGUCAUCAGCUUCAAUGUCACCCAACUGUCGGACACGCCUAUAGUAUUAGGCAUGAGUUGGCUGCACAGGCACAGCCCAGCAUUGGCGUGGUACCAGCGACAACUGACCUUCGGCUCCUCAUACUGUGCGGAACAUUGCAUUCUGCCUAGCCCGGAAGGGGAAGAGGAUGACCCGCAGCUACAAUUAGGCACGCUGCAAGCAGUGCCACUCAAGUACGCAGCGUUUUUGGAGGUUUUCUGCGAGAAGGAAGCGGACAAGCUACCUCCCACAGGUCCUAUGACUGCAAGAUUGACCUCCUGCCAGGGCGACGCUGCCAACCGGGAAACUGUAUUCCAUGUCUGAAGACGAGCUGCAGGAACUCAGGGAGUUCAUAGACCUCAACUUGAAGCGCGGUUUCAUCCAGGAGUCGAAGGCAGUGGGGGGCAGUCCUGUAUUCUUUGUGAAGAAGAAGGACACGCCCCAAAAAAGGCUUGUGGUGGACUAUAGAAUUUUGAACUCGAAAACCAAGCCCACAGCCUUUCCCAUGCCCAAGAUAGAUGACCUGCUCGCAACGGUGAGGAAAGGACGCGUUUUCACAAAGUUGGAUCUGCGAGGGGCAUACAACCUGAUUCGCAUACGGGAGGGCGACGAAUGGAAGACUGCCAUGUUCACGCCCCUGGGCACCUAUGAAUACAGAGUUAUGCCCUUUGGAUUACAAAAUGGCUCCCACUGUUUUCAAGCCUUCAUGCAUCACGUAUUGGCGGGUCUCCUCUACAAGAAAUGCGUCUGCUUCCUGGACGACAUCCUGAUAUUUUCAGAAUCAGAGGAGACCCACGAGGGAGACGUCAAGGAAGUUCUGCAGAGACUGCAGGAGCACAGGCUGUACGCCAAGCUGGAGAAGUGCCAGUUCGACAUGAAGGAGGUCCAGCGGUUUGUCGGUUUCGCCAACUUUUACCGCAAGUUCAUCAAGGGGUUCGCGAUGCAGACGGCGGCCAUUACCGACACGCUCAGCUCCAAGAAGAAGAAGUUCAUCUGGACGGAGCAAGCGGAGCAGUCCUUUCAGAAACUCAAGCGUCUCUUCUCGUCCGAAGAGCAGCUACUGCAUGUGAAUCCCAGCAGACCGAUGAGGGUUGAAACGGACGCCUCAGACAGAGCCGUGGGAGCAGUACUGUUGCAGCAAGACCCGCAUGGGGACUGGAGACCGUGUGCCUUCUACUCCAGGAAGCUCAGCAAGUCAGAGCAGAACUACACCAUCUGGGACAGGGAGUUGCUGGCCAUUCAUGCAGCAUUCAAGGCGUGGCGGCACUUCCUCAUUGGAGCCAAACACACAGUGCAGGUCCGCACGGACCAUAAAAACCUGGAGUACUGGCGCACGGCAAGGUUCCUGAACCAGAGGCACAUACGAUGGGCGGAGUUCUUUGCGGAUUUCGACUUCAGGAUAGAGUACAUCCCAGGCGACAACAACAUCAUGGCGGAUGCACUGUCCAGAAAGCCGCAAUACCUCGAGGAGGCGGCACCAGCAGCGGCCAAGCACAUUUUCGCACCGAAAGCGUGGGCGUGCGCUUCAGCAACCGUGGACCUGGAUGCUGUACGUCGAGCACUGCAGGAGGACCCCUUCGCGCAAGCAAAGAUGGCAGAGGUGCAAAGGGGCACGGCGGAGGACGCCGAGUUCCAGAUACGCGACGGAUUGCUCAUCCGCAGAGGGGCCCUCUACGUACCGGGAGACGACCUCCGCGCGAAAGUACUGCAGCAGUUGCACGACGCACCCACCGCCGGGCACUUUGGCAAAGAGAAGACGGUAGAAUUAGUAGCCAGAGAUUUUUGGUGGCCCAAGAUGCGGGGGAAGUCGCGGAUUACGUCUCGAGGUGCGACACCUGCCAAAGGGCCAAGUCAGUGCACAAACCGCCGGCGGGACUGCUCGAACCGCUGCAGACACCGCUCGAACCGUGGGAGAGGGUGGCCCUGGACUUUGUCACGGAUCUACCCAGCUCGAGGGGCAAGACGGCAGUGCUAGUGGUGGUGGACAUGUUCACCAAAAUGGCCCACUUCAUUCCGUGCGCGAAGGUGGCCACGGCGGAACAGACCGCCAAACUGUUCAUAGACCACGUGUUCAGGGUUCACGGUCUGCCACGGUCCCUCCUGUCCGACCGGGCGCGACAGUUCAUCUCGAACUUCUGGCAGAAGCUGAUGGGUUUCCUGAACGUCAAGAUCAACCUAGCGUCGGCGAGACACCCGCAGACGAACGGACAAGCGGAGCGAGUCAACGCCAUCAUGCAGCAGUACCUGCGAUGCUACGCAAAUCAGCAGCCGGCAACAUGGGUGGACUACCUGCCGCUCGCUGAGUUCGCCUACAACAACACGAAGCACGUGUCCACGGGGUGACACCGUUCUUCGCCAACAGCGGGAGGCAUCCCAGAACCUUCCCGGGAUUAGCGAGAGCGGGGAGGGGAGCCACAGGCAGCGGAAGCCUUAGCAUCAGAGUUGCAGGAGGUUCACGAACAGCUUCGGAGGCAGUUAGAACUAGCAAAGCACGCAUACAAACUGCAGGCUGACAAGCACAGAAGGGUUGGGGAAGACAUACAGGUGGGAGACUGGGUUUGGUUAGCAGCCCAGGCAGUGCCGGCCAGAUCGUUAGCGAAGAAGAAGCUAGGGCAUAAGCAGCUAGGACCCUACCAAGUCGAGGCACAGGUCAAUCCAGUGGCCUUCCGGUUGACACUGCCGGAGGGAUCUAGAAUGCACCCAGUUUUCCAUAGAUCAGUGCUCACGCCCUACAAAGCACCUCAUAGAUUUCAGGAGCCAGGAACGGCACCAGACCCGUUCAGGGAAACGCCCACAAGGGGGGGGUCGCCAAGGCGGGAACCCGUCAACGAAGUCACAGAGAUUUUAGACUCGAGAUGGGGGGAAGAGGGAGUAGAAUAUCUUCUCGCCAGAGAAGGUACCUCGGCCAGCGCCAACAGUUGGGUGCCAGACCAUGCCUUGGACGAACCUUUUCUCAAGGACGAGUUUCAUGCCCUUUUCCCACACAGGCCCAUGCCAGCCGAGUAUUUCGACGACUGGCUUUUCACACCCACAUUUUCAGCUAGCACAUUCCAGGGGUUCACCUCGGACGAGGAACCGGCACUAGAAACACGUUCCCGGAGGGAUCACCCUCGGGUCUGCCUCAGACCGUUCCUAUUGGUGGGACAAUCAACCAGAGGAGCAGUGGCGCAGGAAGUGGCUGGGGGGUCCUUGGCAGGCAACGUCCCCGGAGGAGACCGGGGAGAGACGGACAUGGACGUGUUGGGGGAGGACCUUGGGUUCGAGCACGGCGGCAAAGAGAUGGAAGCAGAGGAAAUUGAGGUCGGCGAGAGCACGGAGGCCGAGCCGGACUUAUCCGGCUGGAUGCACGCCACGGGGCACGAACUGUAUCCGCCACCCACCCCCCCAACGACGCAGCACCCCGUCCCCACACCUGAAGGAGGGGCGGGGGUAAGGGGGGCCUUCGAGGGGGAUGGAUGUCAGGGGUUCAGGAGCAGAGGCACAGGAAAUGGAGGAAAUAGAGAGCGAAGGGGAGGAGUCCGAAGGAAAUGUUAGCGAUGACAGCGGUCCGAGGUCUCUGAGUCUUUCCAGCGAAUCGGAAGAUUCACAGAAAGGGGCUCCCUUGGUCAGAGCAAGGGGGUGCCGAGGGGGACACCCCAGGAAGAAGGGGCCAGAGGGGACUCAGAGAGCAGCAGUUGGAAAUCAGGACCAGCGUCCACACCAGAGUGCAGUAGGGCGCGGGGCCCCAGGCAUCGGGCUCAGGCGGCGCACUGCCAGUGGGAGGACAUGAGUCAGGAUUGGCCACGCCUCCAUCGGGGAGCGAGGAAACGGUCGAGAGGAAGGUUGAAGGCUGGGCGCGCGCGCCAAGUUCAAAUGUACAGGAGGGCGGCGCAGUUGGCAGCCCGGAUAGGGAGCCAGGUCCCAAAGCCCGCCGAAAAGAGGGGGAGGAGUCAGGGGGUCAGCGUCAGAAGAAUCCAGGAAGGAAGGGACCCCGGGGGGUAGCAGGACCCAGAGGAGAAAGGAGAGACGUAAGAGGUGGAGUAAGGCUAGAAUCUUAAACUGGUGUACAGGGGGCGGAGACUCAGAUGGAGCUUCGCCGAUCUAACCCCUAGACGUAGAGCUGGGGCGCUGUGGCUUGAAAAUGGAAACUGUACUUCAAUAAAGACUUUUGUACAUUACUGCCGGCUAGCGUUGGUCCUCUGUGAGCUGGGACCUGGAGCCAGCUCUGACAGAUACGUAUGACUACCAAAAGAAACUGUGGGACAUGGAAAAGACUUAAGAGCCUCAGACAUAAGAGCACCAGGUUGAUGGACUAGAUGGAUGGGAUAGAAAGGACUGACAAAACCCGAGACCAGGAAGAAGAGACGACGGAUGAAGAUUGGAAGAAAGUUUUGAAAAAUCAUUUAGAAAAGUAUCGUAAAAUUAAUGAGUAUUAGAGAAAUGUUGGAAUGAAAGUAUUUGGCUUUGGCAGAAAUGUUAAAAAGGAUUAUGUAUGAAUAUGUUAUGGUUAAAAGAAUUCGGUAUAAAUAAGUUUUAAGUUUUAGGGUUUUUUAUGGUAAGAUAAGGUUAAAAUAGACUAAGGUAAUUUAAUGACAGAAUAUUGUGAAAGAUGGAAAGGAUUUGCUAAGAUAAUUAGCAACUAGAAUACAAAAAAGGGAGGUGUGAGGAGGUCGAUGAAAUAAGUUAAUGAAAGUUAAGGAUUUGGGAAUAUUGGAUUUGUUUUUAAUUUUUUUGUUUAUUUUUGCUUUUUGAUUGUGAUGCAUUGUGUGUUUUGUUUUUUCUUUUUGAUUUUUUUUCUUUUUGGUUUUUAUUGAUUUGUAUUGUUUAAUUGUUUCUUUUAUCUACUUUUUUCUUUCUCUUUUUCUUGUUUUUUCCUUCUUUUUUCUUUGUAACUUUAAAAAUCUCAAUAAAUAUCAUUUUAAAAAAAAGAAACUGUAGACGGUAUUUGAAAUCUGUGGCGUUUUAUGCUUCUUUUUUCCCCUCAGGAGGGCUGCCUCACCCCAAAGGGAUGGUUCUGGAGAAGCUGCCCGCCUGGCUCCAGGCCUGCGCCGACAAAGUGUCCUCCCUCGGCGUUUUCGGAGGGAAAAUGGCGAACCACGUCCUGGUCAAUGAGUACCGCCCUGGCGAGGGCAUCAUGGUAUCAUGGCGCCCGGGAUAAAACCACUGAGAUAUCCCAAAGGCUCUUCGUACAAAUCUGUGGCAUGUCUGGGAAAAACGUGCGCCAUUCUUCUGGCAGCCUGGCCUCAGAAAAGGCUGGCGCUAAUGUUGGGAAAGGUUCAGAAAUGGGGGAAACAAAAUGGCCCCAGGGAUGGCGCAAUUGUGCUUGUGAGGGGGAAAGCGGCAGUUAAGGGACUUUUUAGUUCAGAGAAAAUGGUAAAUAAGAGGUGACAUGGUCGCAGGGUGGAUAAAAAUCAACGAUGUUUUUUAAAAAACAAAAAAAUUGAUUUUUAAAAUUUAAAUUGGAUUUUUUUUAUUUAAAUCGGAUUUUUAAAAAUAAAAGUCCUCUGGAGGAAAAACCUUUCUAAAGAUAGUUUUCUGUUUAAGUUACGUUAUAGUCCAAAGGCUAUUCAUCAGGAAAUAAGGAUUUCUUUAAAGUUUUUCAUGUGAGCUAAAACUCAGUCUAAGUUUUUUUUUUAAAAAAAAAUACAGUGGUGCCUCGCAAGACGAAAAGAAUCCGUUCCGCGAGUCUUGCGGUUUUUUCGUCUUGCAAAGCAAGCCCAUUAGCGGUUUAGCGGAUUAGCGCUAUUAGCGGCUUAGCGGGCUUAGCGGAUCAGCUGUUAAGCGGCUUAGCGGAUCAGCUGAUAAGCGGCUUAGCGGCUUGGGAAAAAGGGGGGGGGAGGAAAAAAACCCCGCAGGAACUCGCAAGACAUUUUCGUCUUGCGAAGCAAGCCCAUAGGAAAUUCGUUUUGCGAAGCACCUCCAAAACGGAAAACCCUUUCGUCUAGCGGGUUUUCCGUCUUGCGAGGCAUUCGUCUUGCGGGGCACCACUGUACCCAAAACGUUUAACCACAUCGGUUAACAAACAUGGAUACAUAUUGCUAUAAUGUUAUUGCUUUAGUCGAAUAAAUUGUUUAAAUAGGAGCCAACACAACACAAAACACUCUUGCUGUACAUAGGUUUUAUUUUAUUUGUUUUUUAUCUUAUACAGUGGUACCUUGGGUUAUAUACGCUUCAAGUUACAGACUCCGCUACCCCAGAAAUAGUACCUCUGGUUAAGAACUUUGCUUCAGGAUGAGAACAGAAAUCGCACGGCGGCGGCGGCAGCAGGAGGCCCCAUUAGCUAAAGUGGCGCUUCAGGUUAAGAACAGUUUCAGGUUAAGAACAGACCUCCGGAAUGAAUUAAGUACUUAACCCAAGGUACCACUGUAUUUUGGAAAUGUACAUUCAGGAUUUUUUUGCCUUUAAAUUUUUGCGGGGGGCCGCAAGAGCUAUAGCUUGUUUAGCUUAUACGUAAAUCUGGCACAAAUAUCUCCUUUCCCCUGUCUGACGUUGGGUCUGUUUUGCCCGCAGCCUCACGAGGACGGUCCCCUCUAUUUCCCCACCGUCACAACCAUCAACCUGGGGUCUCACACCCUCCUCGACUUCUACCAUCCCAUCAGCAGAAGGCAGCAAUCGGAAGGCGGAGAGGUAAAUAAAAUUGGGCAAGAGGACGUUUUACUCCAGUCCCAUUUUAUUUUGUUUAUUUUUUAAAUAUAAUUUUUAUUAAUUUUUCUGUUUUACAAUUUAGAAUGCUCAUUUAAAGAUCCUUAAAAUAUCAGUGACUCUCCUCCUUCUCUUUCCACGGUUCAUUUUGCAAGUCAUGAUUCCCUGCAUAUUUUACAUAAACGAAACCAUUCAGUAUUCCAUUAUUACAUCCAUCCAAACUUAUUUACACUGUUGAAUUUAUGUUAAUGCUUCCUGCAUUUUCAGGUGUACACAAUUUCCCCCCAUAUAUUCAAUAAACAUUUCCCAAUCUUCUCUAAACGUAUGUUCUUCUUGUUCUCUUAUUCUAUAUGUUAAGUUUGCAAGCUGCGCAUAUUCCAUCAGCUUAAGUUGUCAUUCUUUGUUAGUUGGGACCGCGCUCGUUUUCCAUUUUGGGGAUAACGAAACACGGGCCGCGGUAGUGGCUUACAUAAAUAACCUUUUUUUAACACCUGGGAGUUUCCGUUUGAAUUAUCCCCAACUAAAAGGACUCUGGUUUCUUUGGAAAAAUACUUUUAAACAUUUUUUUUUCAAUUCAUUAUGGAUCAUUUCCCAAUACUCUUUUACCCUUUUACAGGUCCACCACAUAUGAAAGAAUGUACUCUCAACCUCAUUGCAUCUCCAGCGCUUACCUGAUUCAGUCCUAUACAUCUUAGCAAACCUACUCAGAGUUAAAUGCCAUCUGUAAAUCAUUUUCAAGUAGUCCAGUCCCAUUUGAGCUGCUUGGUUCUGGCCAGAGCUGUGGGGAGUGUUGGUUGGCACUGCCACUCAGACAUGGGCAGCUCAGUUUCUGCUGGAGGUGAGGAUCAGGAGUUCAAGGGAGGCCCAGUAAUAACUGCCAUUUAGAGGAACAUAGGAAGGUGCCUCAUUACCAAGCCAGGUCAUUCAUCCAUCUAAUUCAGUGCAGUCUGCACGGACUGGCAGCAGCUCUCCAGGGGUUCAAGCAAAGAGAGUCUCCCAGCCUUAACCUGGAGAUCUGGCCUUCUGCACGCAGAAUAAAUGCCCUGUCAAUAACCUAUGGCUGUUUGAUCCCCGAUUGGUAGCCUGCUUGCCACGUUAACCAUGCACAUUAUCUGCCUGUUUUCCCACUCCCCCCCCAAAAUAUUGCAUCUUUCUCCGCUGUUCUAGGUAGCUGCUGUUGCCCUGAUCCCAGCUGUGCUUACACCGUGUAAAAAGGACAGUCAGAACCCACUUACAGGGGUCACCAGGCAAUUGCAGUGCUACUGACUUUGCUUGGGCAUAUUUUGGAAAUGUGGGUGCAUGGAAUUUGGGUACCAUUUAGCAGUAAGAAGCAACAGAUAUAUCGGGAUAUGCGGGGGGGGGGGAUCCCCCAAGCGGCAAACCCAGGGGAUGGAGUUGUGUGGCACAAUAAUUUGAUGAGCACUGCUAUAAAAAGCACACUUCCAUUUCUGCCUGCAUGCCAAAAUGUAUUGCUCUCAGGCUGCGCAUAUCUUACUACUACUACUAAUAAUAAUUUAUUAUUUAUGCCCUGCCCAUCUGGCUGGGUUUCCCCAGCCACUCUGAGUGACUUCCAACAGAAUAUUAAAAUACAAUAACCUAUUAAACAUUAAAAGCUUUCCUAAACAGGACUGUCUUCAGAUGUCUUCUGAAAGUCUAGUAGUUGUUCUUCUCUUUGACAUCUGGUGGGAGGGUGUUCCACAGGGCGGGUGCCACCACCGAGAAGGCCCUCUGCCUGGUUUCCUGUAACUUGGCUCCUCACAUCGAGGAAACCACCAGAAGGCCCUCGGAGCUGGACCUCAGUGUCCGGGUAGAACGAUGGGGGUGGAGACGCUCCUUCAGAUAUACUGGACCGAGGCCGUUUAGGGCUUUAAAGGUCAGCACCAGCACUUUGGAUUGAGCUCGGAAACAUCACAGCUAAGGGUUUUUGUUUCCCUUUCCAGGGGCCCAUCCCUCAGACUGAAGAUCAGCGCCACUUCUUGUCCUUUCUCCUGAAGCCCCGUAGCCUCUUGGUCUUGCGGGAGGACAUGUACUGCCGCUACCUUCACGGCAUCCGCCCGGUUGCAGAGGACACUGUCACAGAGAAAGUGGCCAACGCAGGCAUGUGUGACGCUGAACUUGGGGACUCGUUGCAGCGGGGCACACGGGUGUCGCUCACCAUCCGUCAUGUCCCCAAAGUGCUGAAAACCUCUAUUUUCCUGGGCAGGCGGAAGUGACCGUUUUCCUUUGUGGUGGCCCACGCACUGGAACGCUUUUCUGUCCACAAGCAGCUCCCUGCAUGCAGAGAGCCAGCAUCUCAGGGAGAAGGGUUCUAGCCUAGACUUCUCUCUUUCUCUUUCUCUCUGUCUCUGUCUCUCUCUCUCUCUCUCUGGGAUGCAGGGAAUGUUUCUGUGUACAGAGAGUUUGUGGUGGUUCUUUGUUUUUUUAGUAUGGAGGAGUAUUCCUCCCUGUAGUCCGAAGUGUUGCAGUCCAUGCUUGACCACCUCUUCUGAUGUUUGAGAGAAUGAAUCUUAACACAGAGAAAGACUGUGAAUUGCAGGAGAGAAAGAGCAGCCGCUGUAGACUGCAAAUUUGCAUGAGCUAUUAAGCGGGGGCGGGGGGGGGGGCAGGGAGUGAAGAGACGAGAAUAGUAAGGCCUGGAGGCAAAGGAGAGGACGAGGCUGUGCUCUGGUGCGUAACAUGUUCUAUAACACGCAGUGUGCAAUGUGGCCUGGCAGAUGGAAUAGAUGCUUGUCCUUCCAGCAAAGCCAGAAAGUCAGGCCAUCCUCAUUCUCUUCCCAGCAAAGAACCAAGUCUGACUUUGCUAGAAGGAGACUGGAUGCCUGAGUUUGACUCACAUGCCUCUGGCUUGCUCUGUGGGCAUGUCCUUAGGCCUCCAGGCCUCCCUGUUUGGCCCACAAGGCUGCUUCUGCCAAGCCAUGCCCACCUGUCCUAUAGAUAAAGAUGUUGAUGGAUGCCACAAGGGAGUUUGCAGGCACUGAUGGUCAGCUGAUUGUCGGGGCCUGCAAAGCCCUGCACUUUGCAAGCCCACAAGGAUCAUGUCAUAGUGAGGGCUUGCAAAGGGUCUUUUUGCUUUCAUGGUCUGAUUGCAAACCACAAGGGUGCAAACAUUGUGGUGUCAGGUGACUUACAAGCAGGCAGUGAGGGAGAUCUCCUAUCCUGGCCCUGCCAUACAGGACAGAAGUCCAGUGCCUGGUCUGCAGAACUGCAAAUCUGGGCUAUUGGAUAGGUUUCCAUCUCCUGGUUUUAACAAGUUGCCCUACAGUGCUCCUUAUCCAUGCUAGUUCUGGCUCAAAAGACCAUUUCAAGUAAGGCACAUUUCCACUCUUGGAAAUAUUUUAUGAGGAAGUGCUAGCUUUGAAGCUGGGACAUUCAAAUAAAUGACUUGCCGGGCAUGUGCUAACGUCAUAAAGGUUUUGUGUGUGGUUCUUGCAAAACCCUUGUGGUUCUGAAAACCUUUGAGAUCAAAUGAGCUCCUUGUGUUUUGCCCCAAAGACUAAAUCCACACUAUUGUGCCUGAACUUAGCACUCCAAAGAUGCCCUGAAUCCCAGGGUACAUUUCCAGUCUUCCGUCGGGGCAUGUCAAAGCAUCGUUUGCAAGGCUGACUUCAGCACAUCGCAGUCAAGUGGCGAAAAAUAAAUGUGAAGUCAGAUUUAAAGAUAGCUAUGGGGUGAAGAGGUUACUGAGAUACAACAGUAGAAGAAAAGAGAAAGUCCAUCUAUAAUGAGACAAAGGAGGGAAUCUUACAACAUCCAGGUAUGCUGUUGACAUAGAGGACUGUAUGUCUGAUGCACUGGAAUACAAAAUAAAGUUCCACCAAAUAAGAAAAUCCCUUUUAAUGAGCGUAUGUUAUGGGUAAUUUUUUGUCCAGUUAUGGGUAAAUAUUAUUGUACCAGCGUAGCAAGCUAGGAGAGUCAAGCGUUUCAAAGUCUUCCAUAAUAAUAAUAAUUUAUUACUUACACCCCACCCAUCUGACUUUGUUGCCCCAGCCACUCUGGGCGGCUUCCAGCAUAAUAUAAAAACACAGAGAAUCAUCAGAUGUUAAAAACUUCCAUUGCCAGGACCGUGAAUGUGUUGGGGCUGCAAUUUGGCCAGCUGCAAUCAAUAGAAAUACUGUAAUAAAAUACUGUAAUAAAUGAGGUUUAGGUUGGACAUGCUUGCUGGGCCCAUGAAACAGCGACCGGAGGGACGUCACCUGAAUAUUAUGGGCUUUCAACGCUAUUUGGCCAAGGCUGAGCUGCUGGCCUGGUCUUCGUUUGUGGCAACCCACACCAAAACCCCUUGUAAAACUGAGCAGGGAGGAGGAUGGGGCCAAGCCUAGAAGGAGUUGGCUCCGCCUGUCAUUGACUCUGGCUCCCCCUACUGUCAGCCUCCCUGGCUUCUGCCCUACCAGUUCCAAUGGCCAACAGCCCCUUGCUUCUGCAGCUUGCCUUGAGGGGAGAAGAACCAGUAGGGCUUCUGCAGUUGCACAUUUUUGUACAUGUAGGAAACCGGAGAACUUCAAAGGCUUAAAAUUUGGGGCGUUUUUCAACAUACAAUGAAUUAAAAAUACAUAUAUUUCUGUAUGGACUGUUGCCUUGCAUUCAAAACAAAGCUGUCCAGAUUCAAAGCAUCUUGUAAUGCGAAUGGGACACAACAGGGCCAUUGUAAAAUCUGCAGCAGAUGCAACAGCGUUUGAGGCAACCGUGCAAAGUUUUGUGGGAAUAAACAGAGUGGGCUGCUGAGAGAGCCUGUUUACUAAUUAAGCACAUUUCUAAGCUGCUUAAUAUUUUAAAAUCUCAAAACUAUAUGCAAAAAGAGAACAUAUGCAC